UGACUCGUUGGGUUAAUAGAUUUUCUCAGUGCCCCUUUGAUGCAUCUUAAUUUCCUAUUUUAUGGACAAUUUGUGUCUUUUCUGGCGUUUGACUCCAUGGCAACUUUCUUUUGUGGACAUGCCAAGUCAACUAUAAAGACCAGUGUGUGAUGUGGUCCUCCUCUUUCUAAAUGAACUGUUAGUUAUAUUAUGGUAUGACUUGAGUAACAAAAGACUUGAGUUGCUUUCAGGCAUAAAUCAGACCCACAGUGACUUCAGGAAUAACCUGUGAUGCUCAAAAGCUGUAAUGAAAUCCAGUAGUCCUGUGUUCACAAGGCAGAAUCCCUUUCAACCAGCAUCCAGAGGGGGCAAGGGACACUACCACCCAUCCUGUAACCAGCCCCUGUCAAAGAAAAAGAGAAAAACGACUUUAAGUCCUGUACGUUCAAACCCGCGAUCCAGUUCACAAUUACAGACUCUGUGCCCAGUGACCCAACGGCUGUUUGAGCAACGAGGACCAUGUAUUACUGCCACUGAUGGACAACCAGUUUUUGCAGAGUCCUGGCCCUCCACCGAGUGUGGAUCUUCUCCCUCCAGCACUACAACCUCAUCUGACAUGGAGACACUCAAACCCCAGUCUGCGAGACCAGGAAAAUCCACAGAUUCCUCAGAGCUGGGAGUUCAUCAAGAUUCAGUGCUGGCAAAGUACAUAGAUCGCUUCCGCCAUGGUCGACCGCAGAGUCGUGAAGAGCGCCAGCAGAGCCCUCCUGCCAAAGGAGAGAAUCAGCUGCCUUUUUGGUGGAUGUCACCCUCAUCUUUACCCUGCAGUUCAACACCCACUAAAACAACAGACAAAGAUGGUAUCCAUCCUCUGAAACAUGACCAUGGACUUGCCAUUUAUAGUCCAGCUGGGCAACAUCAACAUGACAGAUCCCUUUCCCCAUGCAGAGGAUCCCUUAGUAUGUUGUCAGACACCUCUCAGGGUGAAUUUAAUGACACAGAGAUACAACACCUUCAAGAAAAGGCUAGCAGACUUCUGCUGAGAGGUGAAUGUACUCUGAGUGAUGGAUCUAUCCCCGUCAGCUCAGAGGGCCUGGAAUGCUCAGAUCUCUCUUCUCCAUUCACUGUAGAUGAGCCAGUGCGAAGAUCUUUGAUUCCCACGAAGGCCAGCUCAGACUCCGUUCAGACCCUGUUCUCCCAAAAAUCCUCUGUCAUUCCUUCUCUGGGGCCCCCCACACGCCGGGAAGAGGACAUCUUGUUCCAGUGGCGUUUAAGGAGAAAGAUUGAGCAGGCCAGGGAGGGGUCGCAGUCCCUGCAACACUCCAGUCUUUAUGGUCCCGCAUUUAACUUGCAGGCCCCCAGUUUAAGCCAUCCCUCAGCCAGUGGACAGGCUUACAAGCAACACCAGAGUACUCGGCCUCCUGAAUUCUCACAAAAAGCUACACAUCAGCACAUCACUGCUCCCCGGACCCAAACCAAAGAAGCCCACAGAUCAGUUCCCCAAGGUUCAGAUCCAACUCCCUUCCCUGCCGUUGUUGUCUCUGGCUCUUCAGUCUCUCAACCUCAGGCUAUCGCCCAUGUGCCUGCCCACAUGCACUUACUCUGUGAUGUCUUGCCGUGUCCCAUCCAUUCAUCUCGCGCUAGCAUGCAUCAACACUUUUCAGAAAGUAGAGAUGAGUCUCACACCAAAGUUGUCUGUAAAAAGAUCCAAGUGCCUGCAAACUCAAUAAGUCCUUUCACUGAUGAACGUAGUCUUGAGAAUAUGCCAUCUCAACCACCUGCCUCAUCUGGAGCUAUAGACAGAGCAGAGCCUAUUUACCACAAAAGGUCUGAGAAGAACAAGAAAGAGAAAUCCCAGACAAGAGAGUCAGAGGAGAAUAAUAAGAAGACGACAGCACCGUCCUUCAGAAAGCCGAAGAAAUCCACAAGAUAUACUGUGGAUAAGGAACAUGUUGAUGGCCCUGGACCUACAAACAGGAGUGUUUCACAUCAAAAAGUUCCCAAAAAAAUCAUGGCGUGGGCAGAGCAGCAGCAGCAGCAGCAACAGGAAGGCAGCCAGGGGUUUUCCAGUGAGAGCUCUACUGUCGAUCAUGCGCCACCCCCGUCUCCAAUCCACAGUGCCUUAGGACAGGUAGUUUCAGAGGUAUUGUUUCCCCCGGUGGAUCCAUCUCCUGUACGAAGGUCCCCUGUCUCAUCGGUUUCUCCUCCUUGCACCGCCUCUGCACCUCCUCAAUCCUCAGUUUCUCAAUACAAUGCACAGAACUCUAUGGAGGUCAUUUCACAGCUGCUGCAAGAAGCUGAAGAUUCAGAUGAAAAAGAGUUUGAAGAUGACCCUUUAUUACAAGUCCUUCGCAAGCAGAGGAAAAGGGUUAAGGAGCAGAUCAGUGAAGUGGACUCAAUGUUGACUGAAUUCCUGGACGAGCAACAAGUUACUUGACCAUUGACAAGAGGCACUUGAUGUAUUCACUUUUUUU